UGCUGGAUGACUAUUAUGGGGAUUGUUCAUUGUGUAUAUAUUGGUCUGUUUCUGGUGUUUUGUCUUAAUGGAAUCCAGUUACAGAGUGUCACCAUUGAUGUUCACAAUUCCGGAGUUGCACAGCAAAUUGAUUCGAGAUAUAUUGGGGUUACUCUUGAUUCAUAUGAAUUGAGAAAUCAUUUUAAACCCCUUAACUUUAAUUCACAGAGAUUACUGACACUGGCUCGGGGAUUAACGCCAUGUUAUUUACGACUUGGUGGCACGGAUGCAGAUUAUGUAGUUUUUAACAAGAAUAGUCAUGUAGGAAGAGAUGUUGAUAAACGAUUUAUACUGAAUGCAAAUAAAUAUACAUUUGGCACCUCGGAUUGGGAUCGUGUAAAUGGAUUUGUAAAAAAUGCGGGAUUGGACUUUAUCUUUGAUUUGAACCUAUCAUUACGUAAAAACGGAAGAUGGGAUCCCACCAACGCCAAGGAAUUAUUUCAGUACAGUAUCCAAAAAGGUUACAGAUUUGCUGGCAUUGAAUUGGGUAAUGAAAUGGAAUAUAACAAAGACACACACGUAACAGCUCAACAGUCAGCACAAGAUUUUGUUACAUUGAAACAAGUAAUAAACUCCAUGCCAGGUUUAUCGCAUCCUAAAAUCUAUGGACCGGCCGUUGCUGGAAUAUUCUAUCAAUCAUUUACCUAUGCUGAAGAUUUCUUGAAAGCUGGUGGAGCAAACAAUGUAGAUGUAUUAACCUAUCACCAUUACUACACUAGCGGCCCAAAGGCGACCGUUGAAAUGUAUCAUGACCAUAAGGUUCUAGACACACUGAAGGCUGGAUUAACUAGUGUCAUGAAUGCUAGAAAUAAAUAUGCCCAUGGUAAAACUGUUUGGUUAGGUGAAACAUCAGCAGCUUAUAGCAGUGCUGCGGGAGAUCUGAACAGACUGUAUGUAGCUUCCUUUCCAUGGUUGGAUAAAUUAGGUGUUGCAGCUUUGUAUGGUGUAAAGGGUCUGAUGAGACAAGCUCUUUAUGCUGGUUUAGUUGAUGAACAUACUAACCCUAGAAAUGUUAGUAAUACCAUUAAUUUUGAGAAGAGCAAACACUUUUAA